AUGGCAGCCUGGGAGACCGUACUGUCUGCUCUGCUCCUCUUCCUGCUCGCGGGGCUCUAUUUGGCAGGAGCGUUCCGCCGGCAAAGAGCUGAAGAGCCGCCCCUGGACAAAGGCUUCCUUCCGUGGCUGGGCUAUGCGCUGGCUUUCAAGAAAGACGGCCUGGAACUUCUGCAAAGAAUGCAAAAGAAACACGGGGACAUUUUCACUCUUCUGAUCGGAGGCCGCUUCAUCACGUUUGUGCUGGACCCUCAUUCUUAUGGCGCCAUCGUGAAAGAAUCCAAAAGCAAGCUGGAUUUUGACAUGUUUGGAUCAGAGGUGGUCUCGGCCUUGUUUCGCUUUUCUCCUGCUGGGGAAGACCACAAGCUGAUGAUGGCGUUGAGUGCGAAAUAUCUAAUGGGAGAGGGAUUAGCUGUUAUGAAUCAGGCCAUGGUUGAAAACUUACAGAUUGUGAUGUUCCACAAGAAGGGCUCCAGAGACGAGAAUGGCUCCUGGCAACAAGAUGGAGUCUACCGCUUCAGCUGCAACACCAUUUUCACGGCUUCCUUCCUCAGUUUCUUCGGCCACGAGUCAGAGGAUAAGGCAGAGAAGAAGGUAAACCUGACCGAUCAUGAAAUCGUUCAGUUUGAAAAGCUCUUUGAAGAACUGCAUAAAUUUGAUCUUCUGGUCCCCAGCAUGGUCUAUAAAACAUUGGCCCCUGGGCAAAGGAAAGAAGCCCAGCAGCUGUACAAUUUCUUCUGGGACAUCCUGUCAGUGAGUAAAAUGCACAAGAGGUACAAUGUCUGUAGCUGGAUUAGUGAACAAGAACGGAUAUGGGCUGAAAAGGGGAUGCCUGAAAAUAUCAGAGCUAGACAUCUGUUUCUUAUGCUCUGGGCAGUCCAAACGAAUACCGGUCCGGCUUCCUUCUGGGUUCUCAUCCACCUUCUAAAAUAUCCUGAAGCGAUGGAAGCCGCGAGGAAAGAAGUAGACGGGUUGCUCAAAGAGAACGGCCCCCGCGUCAAGUUAGGGGACCAACUGAUCGACCUCACCAGGAAGAUGUUAACCAAAAGCCCAGUCCUGGGCAGUGUGAUUGAGGAAACGUUGCGCCUGAAAGUGAGGUCGAUUCUGAUGAGAUCUGUGGUGAAAGAUAUGGACCUCCAGAUGGAUAACGGGAGGAGGUACGCCCUCCGCAAAGGAGACAGGGUCGCGCUGUCCCCUUACGUGGCCGCGCAGACGGACCCAGAAGUCUAUCCCGACCCGCUGACUUUCCGAUAUGACCGGUUUCUGAACUCUAACGGUCUUGUGAAGAACUUCUACAAGAGUGGGAAAAAACUGAAAUACUAUAAUGUCCCAUUUGGAAUAGGGCCGUCUAAAUGCCCCGGACGCUUCUUCGCCGUGACUGAAAUAAAAAUGUUUGCUUUCCUGAUGCUGGCCUGCUUUGACCUUGAGCUGGUCGAUGGCGAAGAGGAAAUCCCACCAGCUGAUAAGAGCCAGUUUGGAUUUGGAACAAUUCUGCCAGUCCACGACAUCCAAUUUAGAUAUCGCCUACGCUGUCAGUUAGACACAAAAUAGAACUGUUGGUGU